AUGAGCCAAAAACAAGGCCGACGGAGGCGAUCCAGCAGUUUGAUCUACCAAGAGCCCGCCGAGUCGAUCGAGCGGACCAGUGACCAGGCUGCAUUGCCAAAUCUCAAUGCAAACUGGGUGAAUGCCAAAGGCGCCUGGACAAUUCACUUCGUGUGCAUCGCCGCCCUCAAGAUUUUCUACGAUAUUAUCCCCGGUGUCUCGCAAGAAACCUCAUGGACUCUCACCAACAUCAGUUACAUGUUUGGAUCCUUCCUCAUGUUUCACUGGGUGCGGGGCAUCCCCUUCGAAUUCAACGCCGGUGCUUACGAUAAUCUCAAUAUGUGGGAGCAAAUCGACAAUGGCGACCAAUACACCCCCGCCAAGAAGUUCUUGCUCUGCGUGCCUAUCUUGCUCUUCCUCAUCAGCACCCAUUACACCCAUUUCGACCUGACCCACUUCACUAUCAACUUUCUGGCCACAUUGGCGGUGGUCAUUCCUAAGUUGCCUUUUUCGCAUCGCUUGCGAAUAGGUCUCUUUUCCGAUAUACCCGAGGAAUCAUAA